CGGCCGACGAAGGGAAGUUGUCGUGUCGUCCUUCGAUCGGAUUUUCCCAUGAGGCGUGCCAUUUCCGUUUUUCGCUGACAGUACUCGAACGAAACGCACGGCAAGCGGACACGCGACCAGGGAAACGAUCGACCAAGUUUUGUCACGAAACACGGCGCCCGUCACCGAAAGAAACGAUCGGUGGUGGUUCGCGCACGACAUGUGGCCAACGUUUCGGGGCAGCGCUAAGCUGUUCGCUAAAAAUACAUUUUUCAAACAAUCAGUAUGUUACCAGAUCGGUAAAAGCGAAUAUCAGUGAUGUUCAAGUGUCGGUAAGUCUGUAGAAUAAUGACAGUGGCAACGCGUGUCCAUCGCCGGCUAUUCCGGACACGAUCGUAAUUACUCAGAUUCUAAUUACUCGCGUGCAAUAAUAUUCCGUGAUUACUCGUUAUUCUACUUGUCGCAUAUAUAUGUCGCACGAGAUAUCGUGCAUCGAUGGAGAGGCCGUUUGUCACGGUUAUUAAGUGGACCUUCUUGUGACAAGACGAAAAUCAAUGAUAUAAAAUUUAAACAAAUGGGACAUCGUUGAAAAUCAUGAGGACGCGACAUAGAUUCUAUUGAUGUGCAAACGGAAACCGUGCACUUUAUCGAGCACGGUAAGGUUUGAUACACGAACGAUGAGCUACCGAUCAAGACACGUCAGAAGUGUGAAAUUUCAAUCGAGAUACAUCGAGAUUCCUUGUUAAUGACAUCAAAUGACAACGAUACCUUAGCUAACGUACAAGUGUUUAUUGUCGUGUAAAACACACGAUAUUAUUGACAUGUGUGAAAAUCUGUGCCCUACGUGAACAAAGCAGAACUGUCACGGCUUGUAAGCGGAGUAGGAACACCGGUUAUCUGUUUUCGAUUACAAUCGAGAAUGAUUCUCUCGUGACCGAAACUAGAAAAGGAGGGAAAAGAAUCGAAUCUCGAAGCUAGAUGGACUUCUAUCGACGGAACGAAAGAGGAUAAAUUCGUGAAAAUAAACGGAAAAUGGUGGUGUGUGGCGCCACUAAAUUAAAAACAUUAACAAAGAAUUGGAGAAUUGCAGGUUUUUGUGACCUACAUAAGUUGAUGUUACAGCAAGUGACGCACGUCUGUCACGAUGCUAAAUUAAGUCUAAUCGAUCUUUUACUCGACUAUUUGCAAUUCCUUAAUUCGAUUAUGUAAUGUCGCACGUUGAAACUUCAUCUUAUUAUAUAGUUCAGUGUUUUAACAUGCUAUUUAUAUAUUUUCUUGUUUUAUUUUAACUCUUUGUUCCUAUUUCAGUCGAUUCAUUUACUUCGAUAAAAAACACUAGUUCUCGAACUAUUACACUUUUGGCGCGAAAACUAAACGUCCGCCAUGUUGUUAUAUUCAAACAAAAAGUUUCAAUGCUACUUUCAACGAAGAUGGAACAAGACUCGACGAAUAUUUAUCGGAAACAACAUUACAAGUAAAUUAUAUAGAGGUCCCGGAAUAAUGAGGCCAUCUAUGAAAAUGGGGAUGCUCGCGGUGAUAGGUGUGUUCGUGGUGUUCUACCAGUAUCAUUUGUCCACCGGGGUGCGAUUUGAUCAGAUGUUCAACACGGACGGAUCGGUAGACGUGCCAGUACUGUCUCAGGAGGAAGUUGAAAAUUAUGUAAGGACGUCCAAGUUCACGGAACAAAUGGUCAAAAGCGCGGUGCGCAGAGUUCAAGAGACGAACGGGCUAAGCCCUGAUCUGGCAUCGUUGUUGGUCCAACAGCUAAUGAAUCACUUGAACAAGAAUAUCUUCGAAUCGUCCGAGAAUAAUUCCAAGAUCUUACGAUCACCGUCAGUGACGAUGGUAACGCUGAAUCAUCAGCCUCUGGCCAAGCCUAACGAAACGCUGGAACCGCUCUACAUAAUCACGCCGACGUACAGAAGGCCUGAACAGAUACCAGAGCUCACCAGAAUGUCGCACACUUUGAUGCUGGUGAAGAACGUGCAUUGGCUCGUUAUAGAAGACGCGAUUACCGCUACCAGACAAGUUACCAGGCUACUGGAACGAACGGGAUUAAAGUUUGAACAUUUAACUGCCCCGAUGCCCGAAAAGUACAAGCAGAAGAAAGGUGCCAAACCACGGGGUGUGUCUAAUCGGAACCGUGGUUUACAGUGGAUCAGGGCAAACGCGACCAAUGGCGUUUUUUAUUUCGCUGACGAUGAUAAUACGUAUGAUAUAAGCCUUUUCGAUGAGAUACGUAAAACGAAGAAAGUCUCAAUGUUCCCCGUGGGAUUGUGCACAAAGUUUGGCUUGAGCUCUCCAAUUAUCAAGAACGAAAAGUUCGUCGGAUUUUACGACGGUUGGAUAGCUGGCCGGAAGUUCCCUGUAGAUAUGGCAGGGUUCGCAGUGAGCGUGAAAUUCCUGCAUCAACGACCGAACGCCACCAUGCCGUUUAAGGCUGGCUACGAGGAGGAUGGUUUCCUAAAAAGUCUCGCUCCGUUCGAGCCAAAAGACAUCGAGUUUUUGGCUGACAAUUGCACGAAGGUUCUCGCGUGGCACACGCAGACUAAGAAGAACGAGCCAAGUGCACCGCUAGAUAUGAAGCUGUACGGUGAAACGAACCUGGUUAAAUUGAAACAACAGAUAGUAUGAUGUUGAAUUCAGAAUUUUCCAGCUCAAUUUGAUUUUUGAAUCAUCCGUAUGUACGAGAAACAAAGUGAUUCAGUGCCUGAAGUAUCGUAAGUUACUGGUUGGUAUAGCAAUGAUUUAUUUUUAUUUUUCUUAUUUUAAAGGAAUUUAUGGGAAGUUGUGUGUUCAGAAUCAUUUGGCUUGUUCAAAGGAUUUCAACAAAUCUUAUUAUCUCGAUAUUCUGUAACAGUCAAAUGAUUUUGAAUAGAAUGUAGCUUUCUAUAAUAGCUCGAAGUUAAUCUGGAGAAAAGUGGAAUACUAGGAAGGGCAGACUACAAAUACUAAAUUUUGUUGCAAAAAGAUAUAGCUCUGCAUAGCAUAGCUUGAUAAUUAUUUUAUAUAUUAACAUUUAGGUUUUAACUGUUACUGUAAUCAGUAUGUACUCUGUAGGUCAAUGACCAAUUAGCCCGGGAAAGUGAUUUGUUUGAAUAUUAAUUGGCGCGAUGAUGUCACAGGAUGUAGGAAAACUAUAAUAGGAAAAGCCUCAUAGAGGAAUACAGUGUCACGCAUUAUCUUCCGUUUCGCUUUACAAAGCUAUUUAUUCGUCGUUCGUCCUAGGUUUAGUCGUACUUUAUCUGAGAGAGAUUUACUAGGUUUUUUAAUAGGAUGAUAGUUACUUUUUUUGUACUUAUCGUUGAACAAAUAUUCUUUCUGAGAACAUACCUUUGCAGUGCAAUAUUUUCGUCAUGUAUCAAACAAGUGUGUAGAGUUAUUUCCUGCAAAAUAGUAUUUCUUUAGGUAUACAAAAGGGAUAGAAUACUUACGUUUAUAACGUAAGGAUACUAAUUUUUAUAAUUAAAACUAUUCUGAUUUUUCACCCCUUUGAAGAUGCUAGUUUACAUUAUUUUCAAUAAAAGGUCGCCUAUAUAUUUAUGUAUAUGAUACAUUAAAAUAAUCAGUCACUAAGGGGAUAACAAAUACGUCGGUGCGAAAAGACAGGAAGUGCACCAGUUUUUAACGGACUUUGAAAUUUCGUAAGAAAUAAGAAUGAUUGUUAUACAAUUCACGGCAGAGAACGUUUUAGUCGUGAAAUGUGGAUAUUCAUAUCGAAUGCAUGCGUAGGUAGGAAAAAAGAAUGAAAUGCAAUGUAAUAAAAUGUUUCAAAAGGUCUGCGACAAGAUUACACUGUAAAAAUUUGUUCAUUUAAGAACGAAGGCCAAAGAUAGAAUAAAGGCGAUGAUCAAAGAAUUAUUUUAAAAUUGUAACAGACUUUUUGAAUCAACAUCUUAUUAUGCAAUAUUGAUUACCAAAGUAAUGCAAGUGAUAUAGAAGAAUUCUUGGGCCACAAGAAAAUUUGUGGCUGAAUUUUUAAUUAUUGAAAGUCGAUCGAAGAUUUAAUCUCCGCCCUUGUUAUUCGAGAAACAAAAUAAUCUUCUAAUGCAGCAACAUGAAAUUCUAAUUGUAAUGUGUUUCUUUAAAUUUACAAUAUGGAAAACAAAUUAUGAUUAUUUCAUAUCGGUGUUACACAUGAUUUUAUUUAAAUAUUUACAGAAACAAUGUAUAAAUUGUUAAGUUAAAUGAAAUUGAGGCGAGUAGGGUCUACCUUAAACGAGCGGAGAUUUAUCGUGAAAGCAAUAAUCUGUUAUUAGAUAAUGAUGGCUUCUUGCAAAUUAAAUAUUUGCGUGAGUGGGUGCUAAAGACUUUAUGAAGCAUAGAACUGAAUGGCACGUUUAAUCUUUAUCAUGCGAAAUAAAAAUAAAAACAAUUUUCAGAUUAUCUAAUCAUGUUCAAGAGUACUUGAAUUGCGUUCGAAAUUACCGACAGGCAGACACGCACUUUCCACAUGGCAGUUUACAGGGCCGGCCCUGAGAUUUCUGGGGUCCGAGACUAGCUCCGAGAAAGGUCCCCUUCACACAAAGUACCUCAAAUAAAAGUUAUAAAAUUAACAUUAAAGCUUGUAUAACUAAUUUAGAUUUGCAUUUACAUCAAGUAAACAUUACUCUUCUUGCAUUCUUAGACGCAAAAUCGUCUUAUAGGGGCCCUAGGCGGCCCUAGUCUGGCUAGGCCCAGGGCCGACCCUGGCAAUUUAAAGCGUGUAAUUUAUUCGGAUUUUAUCGUGUUCGAAGUGUGCACAUAAUACACGUGACAAGUUGUUUAACGAAUGAUGAAAGUGUAGCUACAACUUUUCUAAGGCACUAAGGCGCUAACUUCGACAAUAUAUACAACGCCAUUCUUUAUUUCUAUCCUUUUAACCCUUAACAUACCAAGCCUAGGUCAUUAACGCGGGCCCUAUGGUAUUUUUAAAAUUUCUCAACAUUUUAGUGUGAAAGGUUACUCAAAUUAGGUUCUUUGGAUGUCUAAAAAUAUAUUUUAGUUAAAUAAGCAUUGUUGGGGGGGCCAAAAGAUAGCAGCUCCCUUUUAUUUCGAAGUGAAGGGGAACCGCCUGUUCAUAAUUGCGCAGGCGCACCUUCGAGGACCUCCUUUGGUACGUUAAGGGUUAAUCCUUGACAGCGGGAUUGUUACAGUAGUAUGAUUCGGCAGUUGUUCUUUUCAAAUGAAAAUUAUUGCAUCAGGUGUCAUAACGUUUACUUACGUGAUACGUAUCCAGUUUUAUCGAUUUAAUUUCACGGUGUAUCAGCAUAAAAAUUUCUUGAUAAACAUACAAUUAAAUUUCUAAUCUUGAACGAAAUUACUAUUGAAGCUAUAAGUUUUCGUACGAUAAAGAUUAUGCGGAUAACAAUGGAACAAUAGUAACGAUACUCGUAAAAAGACACUGUAAAUGAAGUACAUACUUGUAAGACUGACGGCGUAAGAAAAGUUUUUUGAUAAAGAUUUUCAAGAUAACGUUUGAAAGUGUAAAACAUGAAACGACAAAGGUAGUCAUAAUCACAAUGUAGGAAGAUAAUGAAAUCCCUCCAAAUGUAUUGAAACUAAUUACCAUUUUCUAGGUGUGUUUUACGAGUACCGUUGCUUCGAUUAAAACAUAUCUUAAUUACGGAAUAACUGGAUAAAGAAAUGUUGGGAUGCACGUAGAAAUUUCGUUAUUUCAUUUUUUCGUAUCAACUUUUAUACAUACGGAUUUCUUUUAGUACAAAUAACCAACUGAUUUUAGUCGAGAUAUUUGCUAGUCGCGUUACGUUAUUCAAAUUAUCUAGAUCAUAAUGCGAAUAGAAAGGACUACAGUGUGUGAGCAACCAUUCACACUUAUAUAGUUACUACUCCUUAGAGAAGAAUGUAAUGAAAGUAAUAAAUGAUGAUGUGAUAUUCUAAUUUACAUAACGUCUACGAUUAUCAUUUCAAAGGAAAAUAAUAUAACACCUUUGAAAGUUUUAUGAUUUAUUAAAGAAAUGACAUUAUGUGAAA